GUUAUCUAGUCUCCUCCCCCACACCACACACUGAGACACACACAAGCACACGCAACCAUGGUAUAUUCUCAGCCAUGGCCGAUAAUCUCUGCAAUAAUUUGCUUACUGCAGUUAUCCGCAGUAACAAAAGUGAAAUCCCACUACGAAGCUGAUAAAAUAUCAAGUUUACCCGGCCAGCCCAAGGCCAACUUCCGGCAAUUUUCCGGUUACAUUGCUGUCGGUGAAAAACCGGCAAGAUCCCUUUUUUACUACUUUGUGGAGGCAGAAACUGAACCUGCUUCAAAGCCUCUUGUUCUAUGGCUGAAUGGGGCGGCAAACAUGUUGUACUUGGAAUCACCGGCUGGAGUUGGAUUCUCGUAUUCUGCUAAUAGUUCUUUCUAUGAAUAUGUUGACGAUAAAAUGACGGCUAGAGAUAACCUUGCUUUUCUUGAGAAAUGGGUUGAAAAAUACCCAGAAUUUAAGAACAGAGAGUUUUACAUCACAGGAGAAAGUUAUGGAGGGCAUUAUGUUCCUCAACUAGCAAACCUCAUUAUUCAGUCAAAAGCUAAACUCAACCUCAAAGGAAUUGCAAUUGGAAAUCCUCUUCUGGAAUUCAAUUCAGAUUUCAACUCGAGGGCCGAGUAUUUGUGGUCCCACGGGCUGAUAUCUGAUUUCUCAUAUAACCAGUUCACAUUCGUCUGUAAUUAUUCCCAAAUCAGAAGGCAAGCUGAGACCAAAACUCUAACACCAAAUUGCUCGAGGGUGAUAAAACAAGUCUCGUCCGAGAUUAGUAGAUUCGUCGAUACCUAUGAUGUCACUCUCGAUGUUUGUCUGUCGUCUGUUGUGCUGCAAUCUGAGGUUCUCAAUAAAUUGGAUGAGCCGAAGAUAGAUGUAUGCGUAGAGGACGAAACUGAUGUGUACCUGAACAGAAAAGAUGUGCAAACGGCUCUUCAUGCUCGUCUUUUCGGAGUUAAGAAAUGGAGCAUUUGCAGCGAUGUUCUGCAGUAUGACAUGCAAAAUCUAGAAAUACCGACCAUCGGCAUUUUAGGAUCACUAGUCAAGUCCAACAUUCGGGUCUUAGUUUACAGUGGGGACCAAGAUUCGGUUCUUCCACUGAUAUCGACACGAACGCUUGUUCGUGGUCUGGCAAAGGACCUCGAUUUGAACACCACACAACCUUACAGAGCUUGGUUCGAGGGUAGACAGGUUGCUGGCUGGACACAAGCCUAUGGUGAAUAUUUAUCGUUUGCGACUAUUCGUGGGGCCUCACACGAAGCUCCAUUCUCGCAACCCGAGAGGUCACUCAUGUUGUUCGGCUCGUUUGUUGGGGGAAAGCCAUUGCCGUUGUCUCACAAAAUGACAACUCAAGCAUGGUCAUUAACCUUGCUAAUAAUAUGUGCAUUUCAUAUUAUUAUUGUAAUGACAAAAAUAGUGGCGUGCCAAUCAAAAGAAGCUGAUAAGAUAUCAAGUUUACCUGGCCAACCAAAUGCCAAAUUCCAGCAAUAUUCAGGUUACAUUAACGUGGACGAAAAACAGGAAAGACACCUUUUUUAUUACUUUGUGGAAGCAGAAACUGAUCCUGAUUCAAAGCCUCUUGUUCUCUGGUUAAACGGAGGGCCCGGCUGCUCGUCUCUUGGAGGUGGAGGAUUCACUGAAAAUGGUCCAUUUUAUCCGAGAGGGAAGGUUUUGGUUAGAAAUAACUACAGCUGGAAUAAAGCUGCAAAUAUGUUGUACUUGGAAUCACCAGCUGGAGUUGGAUUUUCAUAUUCUACUAAUAAUUCCUUCUACGAAUAUCUUAACGACGAAAUCACGGCUAGAGAUAACCUCAACUUCCUAGAGAAAUGGAUUGACAGAUUCCCAGAAUUUAUAAAUAGAACAUUAUACAUCACUGGAGAAAGUUAUGCAGGGCAUUUUGUUCCUCAACUGGCCAGCCUCGUUAUUGAAUCAAAAGCUGAUAAGUUCAACCUCCAAGGAGUUGCAAUUGGAAAUCCACUUUUGGAUUUCAGUAAAGAUUACAACUCACACGCCGAGUUUUGGUGGUCUCACGGUCUGAUAUCUGAUUCCACUUAUAACCAAUUGACUCACGUGUGCAAUUAUUCUCAAAUAAUAAGCCAAUAUUACACCAACACAACAACACCUGAAUGCCAAAGGAUUUGGGAACUUUGUUCGUCCGAGAUAGGUCAUUUUGUGGAUUACUAUGAUGUCGCUCUUGAUGUUUGUCCGUCGCCUGCUAUGUUGCAAGCUCAGAUAUAUGAGUCGAAGAUAGAUGUAUGUGUAGAGGAUGAAGCGCAGGCGUACCUGAAUAGAAAAGACGUGCAAGAGGCUCUUCAUGCUCGUCUUUUUGGAGUAAAUGAAUGGAGCAUGUGCAGCGAUGUUGUAGGAUAUUUAGUGCAAGAUAUAGAAAUGCCGACCGAUGGCAUUUUAGGAUUACUAGUGAAGUCCAACAUUCGAGUCUUAGUUUACAGUGGGGACCAAGAUUCUGUUAUCCCACUGAUUGGGACCCGAACGCUGGUUAACAAGUUGGCUGAACAACUCGGUUUGAACACAACUCAACCAUACAGAGCUUGGUCGGAAGCAAAUCAGGUUGCUGGGUGGACACAAUCCUACGGUGAAUAUUUAUCGUUUGCGACUAUUCGUGGGGCCUCACACAUGGCUCCAUUCUCGCAACCCAAGAGGUCUCUUCUUAUGUUCAACUCAUUUUUGGCGGGAAAAUCGCUGCCGAUUGUGAAGGGAUAAACACAUAUAUAUGAAGCUUGAUGGCAUAUGAAUAAAAGAGUUUGGUAGAUGAAUAUUAAUGUAUUUUGAGUUAUUAUGUGAUUUAUUGGUGUACUGUUUUGAAACUUGAGUGUGUUUGGAGCGAUUUUGAUUUUUGGGGCCUUGAUGUUAAUUUUAGCAGCUCAUUUUUAUUAUGUAUUUACAUACAGUACAUGAGUCUCAAUUUCAAAUCUCAAUCACUUAUUAUGUCUUACAGAAUACCUGAGUGAGACGUCGCUUUACAAGUUAUAAAGUGUAU